ACUGCUAGUGUCAAUUCUUAAUCUCUAGCCAAGGCAAAUCUUUUUUGAUCUUUCUUUGCAUGCAUGCGUGGUAGGUCACGGCAAACUUUAUGGGAAACAUCCCUGGUGAGAUUUUAUAUAUCGCAUCCAUCUUUUGGAAGGACUCCGGUUCGUUUACGAUGCGUUCCCCACGCAAUUAUUCCGCCAUGAUUCUUUUGCGUGAAGAAAGCGCGAGUUCUUUGGAUUAGAAUACUAGAAAGCUAUGUGAAAAAUUAUGAGCACACAAAUCUUGCUCCUUUUGCAAAGCGGGUCAGUCGUAAACACUCAGCUUUCUCUUUUAAUCACACAUUUUUCUGUGUAAAGCGAAUGGGAGUUUUUCUUUUGAAUUUUCUCAAGCUCACAAGAAUUGCGUUGCAUUGGCUCAUCUGAACAGAGUGGUUCAAAUCAGACGUAGCAUGCAGCUCAGUGUAAUAUCCCGUUCAACUCGCGCCACUUGGCCAUUUCUUUCUUUUUGUUCGUUCGCAUUCACUCGUCACCCACCCAGCCACCAUCUCUCGAGUCAAAAUUUGAAAUGCCCAGACUUGGCAUUCGAUAACCAGUGAUAAAAGCAUGGGAAUUUUGAUAGCGCCUUCGUACCAGCUCAUAAUUUCGUGGCUGUUGUCGCCGCAUUUACGCCUUUCAAUUGGAUGUACCAAUCGUCCAGCCAAAGCAAGAAACGAUCAAGGACACGAGCUGCGGUGCUGUACCUCCCAAGAAAUGAGCUUGCAGAGCUGCCCGGCCGCGGCCGGGGACGUGAGGGCGGAGGAGUUGCUCGAGCGGGCAAGGGUGCUGGUUCCGGCCGCGCUGGCCGCGGCGCGCGCGGCCACCGGCUUCGGCGGGCGGUGGAAGGCCAUCGUGGCGAGGCUGGAGAGGGUGCCUCCGUGCCUGUCGGACCUGUCGAGCCACCCCUGCUUCUCCAAGAACUCGCUCUGCCGGGAGCUGCUGCAGUCGGUGGCCGCCACGCUCGCCGAGGCCGCCGAGCUCGGCGAGCGCUGCCGCGAGCCGACGAGGGCGGGGAAGCUGCAGAUGCAGAGCGACCUCGACGCGCUCGCCGGGAAGCUGGACCUUAACCUCCGGGAUUGCGCACUCCUUGUCAAGACCGGUGUGCUGUCCGACGCGACGGUUCCGGCGGCCCCGGUUGAGGCGGCGGCGGCGGCGGCGGCCGCGCAGACGGACGUGCGGGAGCUACUUGCCAGGCUGCAGAUCGGGCACGCGGAGGCGAAACACCGGGCGGUGGAUGGGCUUCUUGAUGCUCUGCGCGAGGACGAGAAGAGCGUGCUGUCGGCGCUCGGCCGUGGCAACGUGGCCGCGCUAGUGCAGCUGCUCACGGCGACGGCCCCCAAAGUCAGAGAGAAAACGGCCACUGUUCUCUGCUUGAUCGCCGAGUCCGGCAGCUGCGAGGGCUUGCUCAUGUCUGAAGGCGCGCUGCCACCGCUCAUCCGGCUGGCUGAGUCCGGCAGCCUUGUCGGCCGGGAGAAGGCCGUCAUCACGCUGCAGCGGCUGUCCAUGUCACCCGACAUUGCCCGUGCAAUCGUCGGCCACAGCGGCGUCCGCCCACUCAUUGACAUCUGCCAGACCGGGGACUCUAUCUCGCAGUCCGCCGCGGCUGGAGCGCUCAAGAACCUCUCUGCAGUGCCGGAAGUCCGACAAGCGUUGGCCGAAGAAGGCGUCGUGCGCGUCAUGAUCAACCUGCUCGACUCCGGCGUCGUGCUCGGCUCCAAGGAGUACGCCGCGGAGUGCCUGCAGAACCUCACGUCAAGCAAUGACAACCUGCGGCGCGCCGUCGUGUCCGAGGGUGGCCUGCGCAGUCUCCUCGCCUACCUCGACGGCCCUCUGCCGCAGGAAUCCCCCGUGGCCGCGCUCCGCAACCUCGUCACCGCCGUCUCGCCAGACAGCCUUGUCUCACUGUGCGUGCUCCCGCGUCUCGUCCACGUGCUCCGGGACGGCUCCAUCGGCGCGCAGCAGGCGGCCGCGGCGGCCAUCUGCAAGAUCUCCAGCUCCACGGACAUGAAGCGCCUGGUGGGCGAGCACGGCUGCAUCCCGCUACUGGUCCGUCUGCUGGAGGCCAAGUCGAACGCGGCGCGCGAGGCAGCGGCGCAGGCGGUGGCCAGCCUGAUGAGUUACCCUCCGAACGCGAGGGACAUCAAGAAGCACGAGAAGAGCGUGCCCAACCUGGUGCAGCUGCUGGACCCGAGCCCGCAGAACACGGCGAAGAAGUACGCCAUCUCCUGCCUCCUGUCGCUGUCGGCGAGCAAGCGCUGCAAGAAGCUGAUGAUCUCGCACGGCGCCAUCGGGUACCUGAAGAAGCUCUCGGAGAAGGACGUCGCCGGCGCCAAGAAGCUGCUCGAGAAGCUGGAGCGCGGCAAGCUGCGGAGCCUCUUCAGUAGGAAGUAGUGGUGAUGCGUCCUUUUUGCCGUAACCUGUAUAAAAAAUCCCGACCUGUUUCAUAGUCUCUAUGAAGUUUAAGUACCUGUGUUCAUGUGAACUGAACAUGUCGCGUUGUAAUAUCGCUGGCUAAUGUGUGUGUCAGGCAGUUCGUUCGUUAGCUCCUAACCAUGGUUAAAUUCCUGCAGCCCCGUCUAUGCCAAUAAAAGUUCUUCAGACAA